GGCGCCUGCUCCUGAGUCAGCAGCGGCGAGGAGGCGGGCGGCACCCCGCCGCCCGGCCCGGCCCCGCCGAGCGUCCCCGGCCCCCCCUCAGCACCGCGCCGGCUCCCGGCCCCCACCAGCCGCGGGAGGAAGGGGGCUGUGGGGUCUCCGCCGGCUGCUGCCCGCCGCCGCCGCCAGUGCUUCAUGGCCACAGCAAGGUAAACAAUAUUAGAGGAAACCGACGUUAAGACCUAUAAUUUCCACGCAGCUGGUUGAAAAAGCCUUCGUCACUGCCUUCCUGGUGCAGCAUGGCAUUUGGACUUGGUGGUUUCUGCCUGUUACUAUGGGCAAUAACAGGUUCCAGUUGUGAGCAGUGCAGAGAAGGAGCCACGUACUCGGAUGCAGUAAUAUCUCCCAACUUAGAAACCACUAAAAUUAUGCGAGUUCCUCAUGCUAUGUCAGUGUCCGACUGCAUCGCAGCAUGUUGUGACCUCUCUGGUUGUGACUUGUCCUGGAUGUUUGAACGACGCUGUUACAUCGUGAACUGCCAACACAACGAGAAUUGUGAACCUAAAAAAAUUGAAACUGUAAAGUCCUAUCUUACUUUUGUGCUGAGACCUUCUCAGAGGCCAGCCUCACUGCUAGGAUUUGGGCAAGUGAUCCCAAGCAUGGUCCACUCUGUGGGACUUCAGAAUCAGCCAUCUGAGGAAGUGAGUAGCCUGAAGGAGCUGUCUCUGCUUGGCAAAGAUCCCAGCCUUGAGGAGAUACCUGAAUACAUUGAUGAUUAUAAAGAGUUGGAACAGGACCCCUUUCAGUUGAGCAUCAAACAUCAGCAGAAGGAGAGCACGGAUUAUGCUGAUUGGGGCCUGAUGGUGGCAGGUGAAAAUGGCUUCAACUCUUCCAUGGGUGAUGAUGGAGAUAACCAGGAAGACUUUGCUGAAAAGAAAGGGGAGGCUGGGAUGGUGGAAAGCCUUCUGAAUAAAAACAGCUCUGAACUGAACUCUGUCACUGAACACUCUGUGGAGAGGCUGUCGCUAUCAUCUGUCCCAGAGAUUACACCGUUCCCUGGGAAGACACUUGAAAGUGAAGCAGCUGUUCAACUUCUUGCACAACCUGACGAUGCUUUGCAAAAAGAGGCUGCUGCACCUUCCCCUUCUUCAGACAAACUGGAUUUCUCCACAGAUGUGUCAGAGAAAACCCAGACUCCCACAAUGGCCCCAGAGAAUGUCACUGAAGGUGGGAUCAUGCUACUUCCCACAAGUACCGUGCCACCUGAGCUCAUGCAGCAAUUCGCACCACCUGCUACUGCUGCUAAAGCAGAUGCAGUAAAAGAACUGAUUGUGUCUGCUGGAGAUAACAUACAAGUGGUGCUACCCAAAAAUGAGGUUGAACUGAAUGCCUUUGUUGUCCCACCACCACCUACAGAAACAGCCUACAUCUAUGAGUGGAGCUUAAUCAGUCACCCUGCUGACUAUGGUGGUGAAAUGGAGCGCAGGCACAGCCAGACCUUGAAGCUCUCUCAUUUAUCGGUGGGCCUUUAUGCCUUCAAAGUGACGGUUUCUGGUGAAAAUGCCUUUGGUGAAGGUUUUAUAAAUGUCACAGUCAAACCAGCAGUCAGAGUUAACCAGCCGCCUCUUGCUGUUGCUUCACCCAAAGUACAAGAAGUUUCUUUGCCUACAACUUCGACCUUCAUUGAUGGCAGUCAAAGUAUAGAUGAUAUGAAGAUAGUGAGUUACCACUGGGAGGAAAUUAAAGGUCCUUUGCGAGAGCAGAAAGCGUCUGCUGACACACCUGUCUUGCACUUGUCUAACCUUGUUCCUGGAAACUACACUUUCAGACUCACAGUGAUUGAUUCAGAUGGAGCAGCCAACUCCACCAUUGCAUCUCUGACUGUCAACAAACCAGUGGAUUACCCACCUAUUGCCAAUGCAGGACCUAAUCAGGCAGUCACCUUGCCCCAGAACUUCAUCACGCUGAAUGGAAACCAGAGCAGUGACGACCAUGAAAUUGUCAGCUAUGAAUGGUCACUCAGUCCCAAAAGCAAAGGCAAGGUUGUAGCAAUGCAGGGAGUGCGGACGCCAUACCUCCAGUUAUCUGCAAUGCAGGAAGGAGAUUAUACGUUUCAGCUGACUGUCACAGACUCUGCGAGGCAGCGGUCCACCGCUGAGGUGACACUGAUCGUACAGCCUGAAAAUAACAGUCCUCCAGUAGCAGUGGCUGGCCCUGACAAGGAAUUGACCUUCCCAGUAGAAAGUACUACACUGGAUGGAAGCAAAAGCCAAGAUGACCAAGGCAUUGUCUUCUAUCAUUGGGAAAAUAUCAGUGGACCCAGCUCUGUACAGAUGGAAAACGGUGACAAAGCAAUAGCAACUGUGACUGGUCUUCAGGUUGGUACCUAUCGCUUCAGGCUGACCGUGAAAGACCAACAGGGCUUAAGCAGUGCAUCUGUGCUAUCUAUUACUGUGAAGGAAGAAAACAACAGUCCACCCCGGGCGCAUGCUGGUGGGAAGCAUGUUCUCGUGCUUCCAAAUAAUUCUGUUACCUUGGAUGGCUCAAGGUCUGCUGAUGACCAGGGGAUUGUGUCAUAUUUGUGGAUUCGGGAUGGUCAAAGCCCGGCAGCUGGGGAUGUGAUCCAUGGCUCAGACCACGAGGCAGUACUGCAGCUAACUAAUCUGGUAGAAGGAACCUAUACUUUUCACUUGAAAGUGACGGAUGCUAAAGGAGACUCAGAUAUUGAUUCAGCAACUGUUGAAGUGCGGCCUGAUCCCAAAAGGAGUGGUCUGGUGGAGCUGAUUCUGCAAGUUGGAGUGGGACAGCUGAGUGAACAGCAGAAGGACACCCUGGUGAGACAGCUGGCUGUAUUGCUGAAUGUUUUGGAUUCAGAUAUCAAAGUUCAGAAGAUACAAGCCUACUCAGAUAUAAGCACCGCGGUUGUGUUCUACGUGCAGAAUGGGCAUCCUUCCAAGGUGAUCAAGGCAUCAGAUGUCUCACGAACUUUGCAUGUUCAGCUUUUGAAAGAGAAGGCUGACUUUCUGCUUUUUAAAGUCCUGCGGGUUGACACAGCUGCCUGUCUUUUAAAAUGUUCUGGACAUGGACACUGUGACCCCAUAACAAAGCGCUGUAUUUGCUACCAGCUGUGGAUGGAAAACUUGAUCCAUCGUUAUCUAAAUGAUGGAGAGAGUAAUUGUGAGUGGAGUAUACUCUAUGUGACUGUAUCCGUUUUCAUUUUGAUUGUGGUCAUGGUAGGGCUUGCCUGGUUCUGCAUCUGCUGCUGCAAAAGCAGAAAGAGGACGAAGAUAAGAAAGAAAACAAAAUAUACCAUCCUAGAUAACAUAGAUGAGCAGGAGAGAAUGGAGCUACGACCCAAAUAUGGUAUAAAACACAGAAGUACAGAACACAACUCCAGUCUGAUGGUCUCUGAAUCAGAGUUUGACAGUGAUCAGGACACUAUCUUCAGCAGAGAAAAGAUUGAAAGAGAUAAUCCUAAAACGCUCAUGAACGGAUCCAUCAGAAAUGGAGUUUCCUUCAACUACAGCUCCAAAGAUAGAUAACUGAAUGAGGGUAAAAGCACAGAACAUGCUGGUCCAACACAUCUGAAACACGUUGGCCUGCCUCUGUUUUUCCAGAACCAAAAGCUUCCUAAAAUAUCAACUAAUUGCAGAUGAAAGGGUAAAUUUCUAACACAGUGAGGGGAAGGAAGGAGAAAGAACUAGAUGGUCAGCUAACUCCUCUUGUCACUGUUAUAGGAAGAAGAAAAAGCACAUCUUAUUUCUUGCAUGUUCCAUGCUGAAUGUCUGAACUUCAGAAGGCCUUUUCCUGUAUCACUGCUACAAAACUAGCCAGAGCUGUUAUGCUACUAACAAUGGUAACUGAGACACAUACAGGUUUGUGUCCUGUGCUCCAGUCUCUCUUUCAGGGGAAGCAGUGCGAAGCUUAAGCAGCAAGAGUCAAUAUAGAUAAAUUCCCUUACAAAUUUAGAGGGCAAUAUGUUAUCACAGGCUCCAUCUUAAUUUUUCAGUUUAGGUUGGGAACACAAAAAGAGAACAUCUUUAGUGCAUUGUAUUUAUCUCUAACUGUGCUUUGUGACUUCCUUCCUAGGGUAGUGCUCAUCAGAUGGAAAUGUCUUUGUUUUUGAAGGAAGUUUACUUAAUCAGCAGCACAGUAUUGUGAUACAUCUGUGUCCUGUAGGAUGCAGUGUUCCCUGUAUUUGCGAAGUAUGAUGCCUGCAGGGAAGUCCAGCCUUAGCUUGCUUCUUUAAUGAUGAAGGUACUUUGGCUGUCUGGAGUCUGCCACAUCCAGCCAGGAAAACAGUGGCAGAAAGGAGUCAGUGCAAUGUACCUUCAGAAGCGUUUUGAGCAUUCCAAAAAAUGUUUUGCUUAGAGAGCACUUUUAAGGAGCUCUGGACCUUUUAAGACUGAACCCUCAGCUGAGAUGGGUUUUCAUCUGUCAGCCUCAGUGCUCAAUUAAAGAAUAUGCCAAACAUUUGUGUAGUGAAAUGCUUGUGGCAAAAUAUCCUAUGUGGAGCAGGAGGUUCAACACCUACCUUCAUUGUCAUGCAAACUGGUACUGGGGAAGGUUUUAGAUUGAUAUUAGAUUGUUUUACUUUUUCCUUGGUGGCUAUUCGGUGACCAGAUGUGUUGGCCUUUAGGAGAUCCCUUCAGGUGUUUGGGAAGGGUAGGAGUGUUGGAGUUCCGAUGUUCGCAAUCUGGAUAAUUUCUUUACAGUGUGCUUGUUAGGCUUUAAAGCCAUGCCCCCAGUACUGUUCUUGAAAUCCCAAAUUGAAGACCUGGCUUUUAUACAUAAGCCUCACUUGUUGGGGGCAUCUGUGUCAGUUGUACUGUCUGGCCACAAUGUCAGCCUUUCCUGGGGGUCCUUUACUGACGUGCUGGAGUCUUGGGCUGAGCUGAAGGAACGAUGUGUUCUGAUGGAGAAAAUGUUCCUCUGGGAGCAUUUUGGAUGAGGGUUGGGGGUUUUUUUGUUUGUUUUUGUUUCUUUUAAAAAUCUGGUGGUGGAGAAUCUAUUAACAGAGAAGGGUGGAGAGUAUUGAGAACAACGGGAGCAGAUGAGAAGGGUCAGGGAGGGAACAUAGCCCACCUCCAUCAUGAGGAAUAAUUUGGUGGAGAAUUCUGGGGCUUUCUCCACCUUUUCAUAGGAGUCUGAUACGACAGAGAAGUUGGGUCGAACAAUCGCUUUUGUGCUUCUCUUGUUAAUGGAGUUGGGCAAAAUGGAGUUGUCUAGGUUGGAAGAAAUCAGUGCUCAAAAGUUGCAGCAACAUGACAUGCUCCUAACUGGUUUCAUACUUUGAUUCUCAAAUGCAGCCAGCAACAGUCCCUAAGGCUACUGGUGCUGCAUGGAGGAGCAUUUAUCCUGUGCGCAGCCCUGCAUUUCUCUGGAGAGCUGAGUGUGUUUGCAGGACUCAUUGCGGUGGGAGAGGCUGUGAAGAGCUAAAAAGGGCUAAUGCAAGUAUUUUCCAUGUUUUUUCCCAUACCCACAAGCAAGAUACUGUAUAAAUGGUAUGACUUGCUUUCUUCAGAAGCAAAGUCUGAACUCUGUGUAUGGGAGUUCUAGGCUAUUUAUUGAGACAAAUCUAUUUUAUCUCACCUUCUCCCUUCUUGAGUGUGUGUGUGUGUGUAAAUAUAUUUUCAAAUAACUUGGUCAAUAAAAGCAAGAUCAGCUUUUGAUGUCUUUGAAUUUCUGCUUCAGAUGUGCUAACACAGUAACGCAAUGUUCACUUUAAAGUAUUCCUGAAGAAAGUUAAGGCCCACUUAAAAACUUUUUUUUUUCUUUUCCUUUUUAAAUCAAAAUGUUGGGCUUAAUCCACUCUGCACCAACUCCCAAAAUGUUCUAGCAGGAAUUAUGCUCUUGGAAACAUGCAUUUAAAAAAAAAGAAAAGUUGCAUAAGCAACUACAACUUUGUAUUGGACAUGCUGCCAUUAAUGCUUCUGCUAAAUACUGUGUGCCUUUAUCUAUAAACUUAUCUUUUAGGACGUGUCAGUACAGUCAGCAGCAUCCUUGUGAAGUCAGUCACUUGUGUGUUUUGAGUUUAUUUUAUGUUUUUAAAGCUGGUGUUGAAGCCUAGGAGGAGGUUGUUCUUUCAAGGAAUUAAAAUUCAGACUUUUUAAAAAAAAAACAAAAAACAAAAAAAACCAAAAACAAACCACCAACAACAAAACCUAAAGGCUGAUUGUCUAGUAAAACAACUACAGGAAUCAUAAACCUGCUUUCCUCACUGCUGCAGAAUUCCCAGGGUAUUCCCCCUUCCACACACAGUGUGUGCUCAGAUCUUUGUGUCGGUGGUAAGUUUGUGUGCCAUAAGAACAUAUGCAUGAUUUGGCUACGUAUUUCUAACUCUAACAAAUAAGAAACAUUGGGCAAAUUUCUUAUGGCAUAAGGCCCUAGCAAGUGGAAGUUGCGUAAUAAAUCCUGUUUUCUUGAUGAUGUUUUGGCAUCUUCGUUGCUAACAGUAUUUUAGUUAUGUUUUGAAAGUUGAAUAUAGUAUAAAUUUUUGAGCUGCUUCUAAUUCUACUAGUUUGAUUCUUUCACUUCCUUGGGAGGAGAAGUCAUUCCUCUUACAUACAGUCAGGCUGGUUCUUAAUAUGAAACUUGCACAGAAGUUGAACAUAAUAGUUUCUAGCUCUCUGAAUUUGUGGUAUCAGAUGUUUGUAUCACUUGGCAAAGCGUUAUUUUUGUCAGGAAUUUAGGAGAGACUAUAACAAGCUUUGUAUCUUGAUUCAGUAUAACUUUUAUUUCUAAACUGUUGCUUUCUUGCAGAAUGUCAGGUCAUAUCUGUAACGCAAGGGUCAGAAAAUCAGCUGUUAAGGUGCAAACACAAUAGUAGAAUUCUGAUGCUAGCCUUCUGGUUUGGGUUAUGAUGGGUUUAAAGCAGGUUCUCAGUCUUCGUGUUUACUUCCACACACAGUUUUCCUGCAUAAACAGAAGGAGUCCUGUCAGCUUCUUUGUGAAAUAGGGAUGGGGAUCUGUCUUAUCUGCUCUGAAAAGCAGAGGAGACCAAAUAUAGCUUAUUGUGUAUGGCUCAGAGUCUACUGAAAAUAAAGAAUAAAUUCAGUUUGGCACUGAUAAGAUAAUUCCUCUCUUUGAAGGUGGACACUGUGCUGAUACUUACACUGCCUCAUAGCCUUGAUGGAUUUUCACUUCCAUCUUGAGUGAGGAGUAUAUUUUGGAAAAAAACUUCCUUACCAUUACUGCCUGAGGCUUUAAACAGAUUCAGUACUCCAGUAUUCAACGCAGUGUAUAUGCAGCACAAAACUGCCACACUGCGAACAAGUCAUCAGCUUGUGUUUUUCAUUGUCUUAACCAAAAUGCUACUGCAGUAUGAAACAAAAUUUACCUUGGCAAAUCUGCUGAGAUGCACAUCCAAAUUCUCUGUCUUAUGGUUCAACCUUUCAUAUUUACUGAGUAGAUUGCUGAGAAAUUCAAGCAAAAUGUGAAUGGUCUAAUUGCAGAGGAUUGUUUAUUUGGAGAGGGAGAAAAAUUCUUUUUCAUGUGUAAGAAUACAUUUUUAACCACAUCCUUUUCAGUAAACAGAGUUGUAGUCUCCCUCUGUCAGAUGCAUCAGAUACAGGUACUGUUCAAGCAUCUGUUUUGUGCUGUCAGUUGUUGUAUUUCCUUUUAUGAUGCAAAUUUUCCUUUUCUUUCUUGGUCUCUUGUGGGCAGACAGAAGUGUUCACACAUGCAAGGAACUUAACAGUGUGUGAACUGGAGAGAGAGACUGAGCGCAUGUGUGUGUUCUCUAUGCUGAAUUUAAACUUUCCUUAGACAGUUCUGGUGUUCUUGAAAUAACUGAGUCCUUAGGCAGAUUUCCUAUUCCUGAUAUAAGCUUCAAGUGAAACUAGUUUUGCCCCUCAAUGUACUGAUGAUGGGCUGUAGUCAGCUGGAGCUCUGGGAUGGUGGUUAAUAAAAUGACAGUUACUUUAGUAUUCUGAAGCAUUUAUGAGAGGUUUGAGAGAGGUAAGCAUUCCCCUAGACAAAGAGAAAUGGAAUAGAGAUGAAUUAAGAGUUUCUUGACAUCAGCUAUUGCUUAUCAUUGAUCCCUAACUAGAAUACUAAUCCCAUACUUCUGCAGCAAAGGAGAACCCAUUUCACAUAUCUUUUAGGUCCUCAACUCCCCAAGGAAAGGGAGGGAUCCUUAAAGCUUAGAAAUAAAAUUUAAUAAAAGGAGGGAGAAAAGGUAAAUAAUUUUUUCUUUUGCACAGGCUACAAAUCAAGUGCAGAUGAGACGCACAUCAAUGGUUUGUCUCUGUAUGGAAACACUUCUCCCUGUGGGUGCGUGGGUGAGCUAUUGCAGAAUUUAUAUUAGGAAUCUAUUUCUAGAAAAUGUUAUUUAUUGCAAAUGAUAAUGUAUUGUAACCGGAACCAUUUCUGAGCUGAAAUUACUACAUUUAUGUAACUACUAAUAAAGUUUUGUCUUUCCUUCUAGGAGCUUGUCAGGUACUCUUUUAGAUAUGGUGUUCUGCAUCGGACUCAACACUUUGGUCAGGCUAAUAGAGAUAUGUUGUAUACCAUGCUUUAUGUCUGUACUCAAACGUAAAAGCAGUGUAAUAUCUGAUCCCUUCCUACUGACAGAAGCAAAACAGUUUCUUUUUUCAGGGAGGUAACACAAUUCCGUACCUCAGAGAGCAGAAAAAAAAUUGUACUGCAGUUCACAGUGAGUUUACAUGUGGUGCUUGUCCUUACUUGGUUUAAUUGGCUGUGUGUAAAUAUUCACCAGCUAUCAUGCCAAGUGUGGUGACUUCACAAGUUUUGUGGCUUAUUCUAUAGCAAAUGCUUGUAAGUACAAUGUCUGCUUUGCAGUAAUCAAGAGAUACUAGUGUGCAAUAUAACCCAAAAUACUGCUGUUAGCUAGGGGUAGAUUAUGCUGCCUGUUUCUGAACUGGAAAAGAGAAAUCCAUGCGUCAGUGUGUGUGAAGUUUGUGUUCAAUCAUGAUAAUAAAAGGUACUAUGAGAUAUAAGUGUCUUUCUGUAAGGAAAAAACAUACACCAUGAAAGCAACUUCAAGUGUAUUUGGAUACAUGGUACCUCUUGCAUUCAUACUUAACUCCUACAAGGGAAUACUGGCUGCUGAAUGAGCUGAGAUAGUGAUAUAUAGAGAUAUAGUGUCCUUUAUUGAAGAAUGGAAUCUGCCUGUUUGUUACUGCAUUCUACGCUUUGGUAACAGCAGUAGCCUCCCCCCUCCCCUUUGA